AGUUAACGACUUAAUGUACGUUUGUCCCUCGUGGGAAACGGGUCUGAUUCAAAACUUGAAUCAAUUAAAAAAAAAAAACAAUAAUUUCCGUCGUAUUAUUUCCACGCCAAAAUAUAAAAAAGCGUCACAAAAUUGCGUCAGUAUAUUUCAACGAUCUUUUCAUACAUAAACUAACGAAUCUCCUCAUUUUCCACGAGUUCAUCGCAAUUUCAGAAUUUCGAUUCUAGUGCAGCCUAUAUAUACAGAGAGAGAAUCGGCCAAUCCCAAGACUCACUCUUAAAUCCCAUAAAUUAUUUGAAUUUACUGUUGAAAGAAACAGAUCUCAUUAUUAUACUUAAAGUCUAAAAUCCCUCGGUUUGUCCGCUUGAUUUUGGUUUGAUCGAUUACAAUGGGGGCGCAAGAAAAGUGUCAAAAUUGGGUGAGAAUAGUGACGGCACAAACACCGACGAAUAUAGCCGUGAUCAAGUAUUGGGGGAAACGUGAUGAAAGCUUAAUAUUGCCGAUUAAUGAUAGUAUUAGUGUUACUCUUGAUCCUAACCAUCUUUGUACUACUACUACUGUUGCUGUUUCUCCUGAUUUUUCUCAUGAUCGAAUGUGGCUUAAUGGCAAGGAGAUUUCCCUUGCUGGAGAGAGAUACCAGAAUUGUCUAAGAGAAAUUCGUAAACGUGCUAGUGAUGUUGAGGAGGAGGAGAAAGGUAUAACAAUAGCAAAGAAGGAUUGGGAAAAUCUUCAUGUGCACAUUGCUUCAUACAAUAACUUCCCUACUGCUGCUGGACUCGCUUCUUCAGCAGCUGGUUUGGCUUGCCUUGUUUUUGCUCUAGCCAAACUCAUGAAUGUAAAGGAAGAUGAAGGACAACUUUCAGCUAUAGCAAGGCAAGGUUCUGGUAGUGCUUGUCGUAGUUUGUUUGGUGGUUUUGUUAAGUGGAUCAUGGGAAAUAAUGAAGAUGGAAGCGACAGCUUAGCUGUUCAAGUCACAGAUGAGAAGCACUGGGAUGAACUUGUCAUUUUGAUUGCUGUGGUAAGCUCUCGGCAAAAAGAAACAAGCAGUACAAGUGGCAUGCGUGAGAGUGUCGAAACGAGCUUGCUGCUAAAGCACAGAGCAGAGGAAAUAGUACCGAAGCGCAUACUGCAAAUGGAAGAAGCCAUAAAAAACAAAGAUUUUCCAUCUUUUGCUCGUCUUACGUGUGCUGAUAGUAAUCAAUUUCAUGCUGUCUGCCUGGACACAACCCCACCUAUAUUCUACAUGAAUGACACAUCCCAUAAGAUUAUUAGCAUUGUUGAAAAGUGGAAUCGUGCAGAGGGAACACCUCAGGUGGCAUAUACCUUUGAUGCAGGGCCAAACGCUGUCUUGAUUGCACGUAACAGACAGGUUGCUUCUGAACUUUUGCAGCGGCUGCUUUAUCACUUCCCUCCUGGUGCCGGUGCUGAUCUCAAUAGUUAUGUCCUUGGUGAUACGUCUAUACUUCAUGAUGCGGGAAUUAAAGGCUUGAAAGAUGUUGAAUCUCUUCCAUUGCCUUCCGAAUUACAGGAUGCUAAUUCUGUCAAGAAAUGUGCUGGAGAUGUUAGUUAUUUUAUCUGCACAAAACCUGGACAGGGUCCUGUUGUACUUUCUGAUGACAGCAAGGCUCUUCUUGAUCCAGAAACAGGGUUGCCGAAGUGAAGAGGAUCUGCCCAUGUUUUUCUGGUUUCCGAUGGUAUUGCCUAUGUUUUUCUGGUUUCCGAUGAACUUGUGAUGUUAAAUUCAUUCAUCAAAAAUGCCAAGAAGUAGCAAUUUGAUUUAUAUGUGUGAAGAGUCUUGUAGUGUUAAAUUCGUUUCUGCAGCUUUGUAUGGUUCCAGGCUUAGAAGUCCUUCAUAGAAAGAUAUUGGUUCAGGACAUUUCUGUGUAUGUUGUCUUCAAGUUCUGAUUUUCUUGUACUGAGGUUAGAUGUUGAAUAAUAUGAGUUAUCUCUACCCAAGUGGAAUUUGGGAGGUUCUAUACAAAAGCUUAAAAUAUAAAGACAAGUAUAAAAUUGUUAUGUUUGAAUUCA